GAAAACGAGAGAGAAAUCCAGGAAAUUACUGUUGGCUGGCAGUGAAAAAUGCGCGAAACUGACCGAUUUGUUUUUUAAGCCGCCAAGUGCAGCUUUAGCUAGUAGCACCAGCGCUAGCACUAAUGUUGAAGACACUGAGCAAACAGACCAGGGGCAGGGAGUAAGACAGGAGGACAGUGAGGAACAGUGAGGACAGUCAGUCUUUAUGCAUAUUAAAGUUAGAGAGUUCAUCACCAAUGGGGCUACAAAAGUGCGGUUAUUUCCGUGCAUGUGAAGUUAUAUCUGUGUGUUGCGGGCACGCGCGUGCGUGCGCGUCCCCGUGUGGGCCGCUGGUGGGUGAAAAUGCCGGGGCCGUUUUUUAAUCCCAGUCCGUCACUGGUCAGAUUAUUGGCAGAGGUUAUGUUACACCAAUGAGGACAUUACUUAAAACGCUACACAGUGUCCCUUUAAGUCAGGACAAAAGUGUAAUUGUCUUCUGGGGUGGCAGUAGCUCAGGAGGUAGCGCGGGUUGGGUGUCGAGGUGUCCUUGAGCAAGGCACCUAACCCUAACUGCUCCCGAUGAACUGGCCGUCGCCUUGCAUGGCUGACUCCACUGUUGGUGUGUGAAUCUGUGCGUGAAUGGGGAAUGUGAGGCAAUAUUGUAAAGCGCUUUGGGUGGCCAAUGGUUAGAAAAGCGCUAAAUAAAUACAGUCCAUUUACAUUCGGCAAAUCAAUCAUACUCCUGCUUAUCACUGAUAAGCGAGCGUGUGGCUGCCAUCCGUAAUGAGGUGGUUCAACUCUGUGAUGCUAUCUCUGCCGUUAGGCUGGACAACGACACAGCACACCCAGUGGAUUACCUCAAUGAACCGCUGAACGGGAUUGGCCGGCCACUGGACAUCGGCUUCCUGUUAUAAACCACCGGGAGGGAUUCUUCAUCCUUGAGGGCCUGUCCCACACAGCUGAGGACCUGUGUGUGUGUGGUGUGUGUCCAGAAGGAACAAAUACACUAAACUUAACAAACGCUUAGCAAACACACACGUUUAUCCACACAUACACACACACACACACACACACACACACACACACACACACACACACACACACACACACACACACACACACACACACACAUAGAAGCAGGCACCAAGUCCACUCCAAUCAUCAGUGCAACUCAAAAAUUCACGCAAUUAUUCUUAUCACACACACACACACACACACACACACACACACACACACACACACACACACACACACACACACAUCCUGUACAGCUGAACGACCCUGGAUAGGCCCCGCCCCCCUCACGCCCCUCCUCUCGACGGUGGACCCCUAGGUGUCAGCCAUGACUUCUCACACUCAUCAUUCAGAGGUCCCAUGAGGGGUCUACCGGAAGGGGCGAGCUCACAAGCUCUAUAGAGCGCCGGCAGUGAGACGAGCCUCCUGAUUGGACACCGGGCGGCGGCGACCUCAUUCGUUUGUUGUGCAGAGGGCCUCAUGGCCACGGAGCACCAGCCUCUGGACGCCCUGAAGACCUCCGCACUCAACCACAUCCCUACAGUGGACAUCAACUCCGCCCUUCCGCUGCGUCUCCCUCCGGCUGCCAUCCCCAUGGACCUCCGGGUGGACCAACAGCACCACCACCACCAACACCAUCCACACCAGCAGCUGUCUCCCAUGUCCCCCCUGGGCCAGCAGGGCCCCCUGGGCCCCGGGGCCCCGAGCGGAGGCUCCAGCCCCGGGCGGGAGCAGCAGCUGCAGCAGGAGCUGCUGACCCUGAAGCAGAAGCAGCAGAUCCAGAGGCAGAUCCUCAUCGCCGAGUUCCAGCGGCAGCACGAGCAGCUGUCCCGCCAGCACGAGGCCCAGCUCCAGGAGCACAUCAUGCAGCAGCAGGAGCUGCUGGCCUUGAAGCACCAGCAGGAGCUGCUGGAGCACCAGAGGAAGAUGGAGAGCCACCGGAUGGAGCAGGAGAUGGAGAAGCAGCAGCGGGAGCAGAAGCUGCUGCUGCUGAAGAACAAGGAGCGGGGACAAGAGAGUGCGGUGGCAAGCACAGAGGUGAAGAUGCGUCUGCAGGAGUUCGUCCUGAACAAGAAGAAAGCACUGGCCCAGCGCAGCAUCAACCAGGGAGGAAUCCCCAACGACGCCCCCUACUGGUACCGGAAAACCCAGCACAGUUCUCUGGACCAGAGCUCGCCCCCCCAGACGGGCCUGUCCCCCUACAACCACCCCGUCCUGGGGGUGUACAACCCCCGAGACGACUUCCCCCUGCGCAAGACCGCGUCGGAGCCCAACCUGAAGCUGCGCUCCAGGCUGAAGCAGAAGGUGAGUGAGAGGCGGAGCAGCCCACUCCUACGGCGCCGCGACAGCCCCAUCACCGCCGCCAAGAAACGCUCGCUGGAUAUGGCAGACUCUGUUUGUAGCAGUGCUCCCGGCUCUGGCCCCAGCUCCCCGAACAACAACAGCUCCUCUAAUAUCCCCAACGAGAACGGCAUCGCUGUGUGCUCCAGCGCCGAGGUGUCCUUGGCCCAGCGGCUGAGCAGCAGCAGUGCGGACGGGGGCUCCCUCAGCCAGCUGUCCCUAUACUGCUCCCCCUCCCUGCCCAACAUCACCCUGGGCCUGCCCGCCACCGCCACGCCCAGCCCUGCCGCCAACGUGACCUCGUCUCCGCAGGACGGUGGUGGUCUGCAGCCGGCGCUGUCCCUGAGCCCCCCCUUCCUGUCCGGUGCCCACCUGACCCCCUACAUGACGGAGGCCGGCUCCGGGGCCCACAGUCCCCUGCUGCAGCACAUGGUCCUAAUGGAGCAGGGUCCCCCCCAGAGCCCCCUGCUGACAGGUCUCUCCAUCCCGUCGGCGGCGGCCUCGAUGUCUAAGCUCCAGCGGCAGCACCGGCCCCUGGGGCGGACCCAGUCGGCGCCCCUGCCCCAGGGCAGCGGGGCCCCUUCCAACCACGCCCCCAGCCACGCCCAGGUGCUGGCCCUGCAGCAGCUGGUGGUGCAACAGCAGCACCAGCAGUUCCUGGAGAAACAUAAGCAGCAAUUCCAGCACCAGCAACUCCACCUCAACAAGAUGAUGGGUAAGCCGUGCGAGGCGGGCGUGGUCCGGCAGCACCAGAGCCACCCAGAGGAGACAGAGGAGGAGCUGAGGGAGCAGCAGGACACCGAGGGGGGAGCCCUCCCCGCCGGGGUCAGCGUCAAACAGGAGCCCCCCGACCCCCAGGAGCUCUUGGAGGAGGGGCCCUGGGACAUGGAGAGGCAGUCGGACCAUGAGCUGCUCUUCAGACAGCAGGCCCUCCUAUUGGAGCAGCAGAGGAUUCACCAGCUGAGGAACUACCAGGCGUCCAUGGAGGCUGCCGGCCUGUCAAUCACCUUCCCCGGGCACCGCCCCCUCUCCCGCGCCCAAUCAUCUCCUGCCUCCGCCCCCUCCUUCCCCCUCAGUGUCGCGCCCCUGGACCCGCCCGCCAAAACUCACUUCACUACAGGCCUGGUCUACGACUCCCUGAUGCAGAAGCACCAAUGCAUGUGUGGGAACACCAACAGCCACCCGGAGCACGCCGGGCGCAUCCAGAGCAUCUGGUCGCGAUUGCAGGAGACGGGGCUGCGGGCCCAGUGUGAGUGCAUCAGGGGGAGGAAGGCGACUCUGGAGGAGCUGCAGACAGUCCACUCAGAGGCCCACGUCCUGCUGUACGGAACCAACCCCCUGAGACAGAAGAUAGACUGCUCUGUCACGCCCAUGUUCGUCAGGCUGCCCUGCGGAGGAGUGGGGGUGGACAGUGACACCAUAUGGAAUGAGGUGCACUCAUCCAGUGCGGCACGGCUAGCGGUCGGCUCUGUGGUGGAACUGGUGCUGAAGGUGGCCACCGGGGAGCUGAAGAACGGCUUCGCCGUUGUCCGACCUCCCGGACAUCACGCCGAGGAGAGCACUCCCAUGGGAUUCUGUUAUUUCAACUCAGUGGCGAUCGCUGCAAGGCUGCUGCAGCAGCGACUCAGCGUCAACAGAAUCCUCAUCGUGGACUGGGACGUUCACCAUGGCAACGGCACCCAGCAGGCAUUCUACGACGACCCCAACGUCCUCUACCUGUCCAUCCAUCGCUAUGACGACGGGAACUUCUUCCCCGGCAGCGGAGCACCCGAUGAGGUGGGCAGUGGUGCAGGGGUGGGUUUCAACGUCAACAUAGCAUUUACCGGGGGUCUGGACCCCCCCAUGGGAGACGCAGAGUACCUGGCUGCCUUCAGGACGGUGGUGAUGCCCAUCGCCAGUGAGUUCUCCCCCGAUGUGGUGCUCAUCUCGUCGGGCUUCGACGCUGUGGAGGGACAUCCCCCUCCGCUGGGGGGCUACAUGCUCACCUCCAAAUGUUUCGGUCACCUGACCCGUCAGCUGAUGACCCUCGCCGGGGGGAGGGUGGUUCUGGCGUUGGAGGGGGGUCACGACCUCACCGCAAUCUGUGACGCUUCGGAGGCUUGUGUGGCUGCCCUGCUGGGCCAGGAGCUGGAUCCGCUGCCCAAGGCGGUCCUGGAGCAGCGGCCCAACCCCAACGCCGUCCGAUCCCUGGGGAAGGUCAUCGAGAUGCACAGUAAGUACUGGCGUGCUGUGCAGCGGUCUGCAACCAGGCUGGGUCUCUCCCUGCUGGAGGCCAAGCGAGGCGACUCGGAGGAGGCAGAGACCGUCCACGCCAUGGCCUCACUCUCCGUUGCCAAUAGCAACGCUAUGGAGCACAGGCAACAGGAGGAACCAAUGGAAGAGGGGGAACCACUGUAGCAGAGGGGAGCCAUCUCUGUGUUACAUCGCCCUCAUCGGUCGCUCUGGAGAAACGCCUCCUUCGAUUUUUUCGAAAGAGCCUAGACCGUUACCUUCAUUUACCGCCCGGCACAUCAGUCACCUCGAUGGGCGGCCCCUCUAACCAAUGAGAGGGCGUGGGCGGGCUCAGCCUCACGAGUAGGGAGCCAAUCAGAAGAUGGCAGACUCAAAAUCGAUAAAAGGAAACAAAAAAAUACAUCCUGAAGCUUGCGUGCGUUGCUUAGCAACACUCGCUUGGUCACACACAUUUUGUGCCAGUCUUAGCAACCCCCCCCCCCCCCCCCCCACCAUGUUAGCAUUCGCGACGGUGGCUAGCGACAUGACCCGGCCUGAAGGCUAGGGUGCUAGCCCAUUUGAAGUCUUGAGGCGGCGGAGGAGAGCUGUAAAAUACUCACGGUGCAGAGUACAGUGGACGUGUGGCCAUUGCCACCGGAACCCUUUGGCCAACACACAGUUGGUCAGUCCUUUGAUUCAUUUGUACCAUUAUUUUCUCAACAAAUUUUGCCUACAAAAACAAUCCCCCAGCCGCUGGGCCCACGACGACCGGCCUGGGGGCUCGUCGGCAUUCUGUAACGAGAUGCGUUCACUGUGGACUUUGAGACGGGUCCCGGGUCCCGCCGCCGCACCGCACCGUCCCCAUAGCAAACGCCGCCAUUGGAUGAGCUGUUGCCCUGGACGACGGUCGGGGCCCUAGACACAGGGGACCGGCGUGCGGGUCCCGGACGCGUUCGGUCCGAUACUGACGGACUGGAGGAGUGCCUUGGUGCAGAUCCACCGGUUUUCAGGAAAAUCCGGUGGAUUCAGGAAAAGAAGAUUGCCUUAAGUCACAAGAUACUACUUAGUUUUGUGGCCCCUGUGGCUAAAGAAUGCAGGUCCCUGCAGCGCAGAAUGAGACGAUGACAAGAGGAGCGGUCAGCAUGUUUACGUGGAACAUUUACUUCUUUCAAAGACUUGGUCUGUUGAGGGUGUGGUUUUGGUUUGGAUUUUUUCUUUCCCUUGGAAUGAAUCUUUUUCUGUGAGAAAAAUGAGAAGACACUCAUUGCUUAAGGGGAGUAGAGGCAGGCUUCAGUGGCGGGAGGGAAUAAAAAGGGGUUGACAGGUCACCCGCUGGAAGACGCUAGAU